AUGCCAUCACAUCUGCCGCUGCUGUCGUGCCUGCUGGUACUGCUCCUCUCCUUCGACAAGUUCCUCUUCCACUACCUGAAGCGCCGCUGGUUCUCCGGCGGCAGCGGCGCCACCGUCCCGAGGGUUGCCGCCAAAUCGAGGCGCACCAUGGCGGCCGCCAAGUGGAGCGAGACGGCCAUGCUCGUUAUCGACAUGCAGAAGGACUUCGUGGACCCGGCGAUGCGCAGCCCGAUGCUGGUGGCCGGCGGCGAGGCCGUCGUCCCCGCCGUCGCCGAGGCCGUCGCCGUUGCAAGGGAGCGCGGCAUUUUCCUCGUCUGGGUUGUCAGAGAGCAUGAUCCUUCUGGAAGAGAUGUUGAACUUUUCCGCAGGCAGCAUUACUCUGGGGAAAAGGGUCCAACAGUGAAAGGUCUGAAAGGAGCGGAGCUGGCUGAUGGGCUUGUUAUCAAAGAAGGGGAAUACAAGUUGGUGAAGACUAGAUUUAGUGCUUUCUUUGCGACGCACCUUGAUUCUGUCCUGAAAACUGCAGGAAUAAAGAACUUGGUUAUUGUUGGAGUUCAGACACCAAAUUGCAUUCGGCAGACUGUCUUUGAUGCUGUAGCACUGGACUAUGAGAAAGUUACAGUUCUUAUUGAUGCAACAGCUGCUGCAAGACCAGAAAUCCAUUUGUCAAACAUCAGGGAUAUGAAGAACAUUGGAGUUGAAACACCAACCCUGGAAGAAUGGCGUCGCUAG